CUAUGGUAUUUAUUGCAGGGAUUGCUGACAUUCAGGGAUGUGGCCAUAGAAUUCUCUCAGGAGGAAUGGGGAUGCCUGAACCACAGUCAACGGGAAUUGUACAGGGAUGUGAUGUUAGAGAACUAUGGACACCUCCUCUUCUUGGGUCAUAUUGUGUCAAAACUAGACCUGGUCAUCAUUUUGGAACAAAAGAAGGAGUCUUGGACUGUGAAGCAAAAAGAGAGAGUAGCCACUCAUCUGGGUAGGUGGUAAUGAAUGAAGCAGAUGACAGAGAUAGUCACAUUUUAUCUGAGCAGCUGCCAUGGUGCAUCCAGUGGGUCCUCUCAUUCCUUCAGCUUUGUAUGUCCUGCCAGGAUAAACAAGUUCUUCACGCAGCUACAAACAAGCCAGAUCAUUAUUCAGGUCACUUAUGGUUUCUCUCCUUAGAGGAGGCUCUUAUACGAUGUGGCAUUCAUACCUACUUUUUGAUGGAAGAUUCAAGAGGCUGUCAUGUACAAUGUAUGAAGAAAGUCUACCUGAAGAUGCUGUUUGUUGUUGAUGUACAAAAGUGAUGUAAGUCAG